AUGCAGUGGGUAGUGUUUGUCGUUUGUUGCUUGGCUGUUGCCAUUCCUCGCGUUCGAGCGGAAACCGCAGUUGAUGAAGAGAGAUCACCUCGAUUGAUCGGUGGAACGAACGCACCAUGGGGCCAGUUCCCGUCGGCGGUGUCGAUCAACACCACGUACAAUCUGCACUGCGGCGGCUCGGUUGUUGACCGGCAGCAUGUCCUUACGGCAGCCCAGUGCGUGUUCAACGCGAAUCAGCGACUGAUCGAUCCGUACUGGAUCACCGUUCGAGCUGGUGAUAUUGCGCUUGCACCGGUAGGAGCUCGCAGGCAAACACGCCGUGUUUCGCACAUCUUUGUGCAUCCGCAGUUUAACAUCCGCACGCUCGAGCACGACGUUGCUGUACUGCGAGUAGACCGUCCGUUUGAUCUGCCUUCGAACACGAUCAACGUAGCCAACAGGACGCGCCGGAUUGUCCCGAAUGGUGCCGCCUGUCAGUUCGCAGGCUGGGGUGCCUCAACGAAUGCGGUGACUGCACCGGUGAAUGUGUUGCAGCGCUUCUUGCCGAUGACGGUGAACGAUCGGAAUACGUGCAAUCAGGGCACGAUGCACGCCGGACGCGUCCUUGAGAGUCACUUGUGCGCGGGUAACACGGCUGCAUCGAACAACGCUGCACCGUGCUUUGGAAAUGCCGGCACCGGGUUGUACUGCGAGCGAGCACUUGUCGGGUUGCUGUCGUUUGGCAUCAACUGUGGGUUGGCCAACAACCCACCGGUGUUCACGCAGGUGCGCUUCUAUAAUAGAUGGAUCGAGCAGCAGUUCAACCAGACGCAGAGUCUGCAACCGGGUUGGACACCGGCCGUUUUGUAA